AUGAGUAUGAGUAUUUCGAGGUGGAUGUCGCUGAGUACGGCCAUAUGUGUGGCCGUUGCUUCCAGUCUUGGGCCAAUGGACAAUCUCGUCACGUUUGGAGACAGCUAUACGGAUGAAACGAGAGCCCUUUAUCUCGCAAAAUAUGGCCAUGUACCCCCGGCUGGUUUGCUUUUGCCGUCGCUCAAUACGACAGCUGAUGGCGGCAUUGCCUGGGGCAGAAUGGUGGCCAACUUGACGGGCUCGCGGUACUACAACUAUGCAGUCGCCGGCUCUACAUGCUCAGAAAAGGUGGCGACGCAGCCAGCGCGGAUCAUACCUGGCGAAAUACCAACUGUUCUCGAGUAUGAGAUCCCUGCCUUUGAGGCAGAUCUGGCCUUUCCAGCGCUCUACCCCAGCCGGCAGCCAAACAACACGGUAUAUGCCAUGUGGAUUGGCACCAAUGACUUGGGUGUGGAGGGCUUUCUGUAUGACCGAAACAGACCAGGAACGGUUCUCGAUGACCUCGUUGGGUGUGUAUGGGAUUCAUUUGAUCGCAUUUACAAGACGGGGGGUCGUCGCUUCGUGGUCAUGAACGUUGUGCCGCUGGAGAAGACGCCCACUUAUGCGAGCUUUGGGGAAGGAGGCGCGGGAAAUAACCCAGUUUGGCCGACAAAGUCACAGUACAAUACAACGGAAUAUCAGCACAAGGUUUUUCAGUAUAGUCGGGCUGUGAACGACCUAUUGGACUACACGGCGCCAUUCCAUCUCCAGGUGAAAAGGCGUUGGCCCGGCGCAAGCAUCACGUUAUUUGACGCUCAUUCGAUUUUCAACGACAUUCAUGCCAACCCCGGUCAAUACCUUUCGUCGCCGCAGAACGUUACCUCGUCGUACAAAACUUGCGAUGCUGAUAGCAAGUGCAAGUAUUCCAGUUUGUCCGAAUCAAGCUUUCUCUGGUAUGACAUGCUGCAUCCCUCGGAAAGAACUAUGAGGGUUGUUGCGAAGGAAUUUGUGUCAGCAAUCGGGGGGACUUCGAAAUACGCCACCACCUAUGGUUGCAACGUUUAG